UAACCGCACUGCACCGUUUCCUGAUGUUUGAAACACUUCAGAAUUAUAGGAAGACUGUCGAUGCAAACGGAGAUGGAGCAGCUUUCGGACGAUGAGCUGGACCACGCCGCGGAGGAGGACAGCGACAAGGAGGAUCAGGACCUGGACAAGAUGUUUGGAGCCUGGCUGGGGGAGCUGGAUAAGCUGACACAGAGCCUGGAUGAUGGAAAGCCAGAGAAGGUGCAGAAGGCCCCCCUCAGACAGGAGACCAACCUGGCCAACUUCUCCUACCGCUUCUCCAUGUACAACAUCAACGAGGCGCUGAACCAGGGGGACGCGGUGGACCUGGACGCCCUGAUGGCGGACCUGUGCUCCAUAGAGCAGGAGCUGAGCAGCAUCAGCAAGCCCCACGGCGGAGCGGGGGGGUCCCGCCUGGGCGUGCCGGGGGGCGAGGCCAAGCUCCGGCAGAAACCCCCGCCGGGGCGGAGCGGGAGCGCCAAGCACGGGGGCGGGGGGGGCAGCAGCGGCGGGAGCAGCAGCGGCGGGAGCAGCGCCCGGGCCUCGCCCUCCUCCACGGUGCGGGGCGGGAGCAGCCACGCCCGCCCGCUGGCCUCCAACCUCUCCCUCGAUGACAUCACCGCCCAGCUGGAGCAGGCCUCGCUCAGCAUGGACGAGGCGGCUCGCCAGAGCUCCUCCCCCACCUCGGCGGGCCCCGCCCCCGUCUCCGUCUCCCUCGCCUCCGCCGCCGCCUCCUCGUCCUCCUCCUCCUCCUCCACCUCCACCUCGGCCGCCACGCUCCGCCGGCCCUCUUCCUCCUCCUCAUCCUCGCACCACCGCCGGACGGGCUCGGCCGGCACGGUCAGCGACCACGACGUGCGGUCCAUCGGAAACUCCUCCCGCUCCAGCAUUAACUCCGCCUCCGCCUCCAGCAUGGACUCGCUGGACAUCGACAAGGUGCUCCGCCCGCCCGAAAUGGACGGGGUGCAGUGUCCCUCCACCCAGCAGCAGCCCCCCCAGGGACAGCCCAGCACAGAGCAUGCCUUGCUGCGAUGGCCCGGCGGUAAGCAGGCCAGACGGCACCUUGACUUUGCCUCGCAGGAAGUGGAAGUGGACUUGAGCACUCACUCCUAUCUGGACAGGGAAACCUCGCUCAUUCUGAGAAACAUGGCCGGAAAGCCCUCUCACUUGCUGACCAAGGAGGAGCAGGCUGCCAAGCUGAAAGCGGAGAAGAUCAGAGUGGCCCUGGAGAAGAUCAAAGAGGCUCAGGUGAAAAAGCUGGUGAUCCGGGUGCACAUGUCGGACGAGAGCUCCAAGACCAUGAUGGUGGACGAGCGGCAGUCGGUCCGGCAGGUGCUGGACAGCCUCCUGGACAAGUCCCACUGCGGCUACAGCCCCGACUGGUCGCUGGUGGAGACCAUUAACGAGCUGCAGAUGGAGCGGAUCUUCGAGGAUCAUGAGAACCUGGUGGAGAAUCUGCUGAACUGGACCCGCGACAGCCAGAACAAGCUGAUGUUCAUCGAGCGCAUCGAGAAGUACGCUCUGUUCAAAAACCCCCAGAACUACCUUCUGGGAAGGAAGGAGACGUCCGAAAUGGCCGACAGGAACAAGGAAGCUCUGCUGGAGGAGUGUUUCUGUGGAAGCUCUGUGACUGUGCCGGAGAUCGAGGGAGUCCUCUGGCUGAAGGAGGAUGGAAAGAAGUCGUGGAAGAAGCGCUACUUCCUCCUGCGGGCCUCUGGGAUAUACUUUGUUCCCAAGGGCAAGGCCAAGGCCUCCAGGGACCUGGUCUGCUUCCUGCAGCUGGACCACGUUAAUGUGUACUACGGCCAGGACUACCGCAGCAAGUACAAGGCCCCCACGGACUACUGCCUGGCCCUGAAGCAUCCUCAGAUCCAGAAGAAGUCCCAGUACAUAAAGUACUUGUGCUGCGAGGAUGUCAGGACUCUCCACCAAUGGGUCAACGGAAUCCGCAUCGCCAAGUACGGGAAACAGCUGUAUGUGAACUACCAGGAGGCCAUGAAGCGCACGGAGGCCGCCUACGAUUGGUCCUCCCUCUCCAGCUCCAGCAUCAAAUCAGGCUCCAGCUCCUCCAGCCUGCCAGAGUCCCACUCCAACCACUCCACCCAAUCAGACAGCGGGGUGUCGGACACCACCUCCUCGGGCCACGCCCGGUCGCAGAGUGUGGUCAGCUCCAUCUUCUCCGAGGCCUGGAAGAGAGGCACGCAGAUGGAGGAGAACACCAAGGUCAAAGUGGAGUCCGUCAGAGGAAGCCACCCCCCCCAGACCCCCCGAAGCAGUCUGACGCACGCGUCCCCCCAGCCCUCCCCCUCCCCGCCCCCUCCGCCUCCCCCGCCCCCUCCCCCCCCGCCCCCGCUUCCCAACCCGCCCCACCAGGCCGCGCCCACCGUGUUCACCAAAUACAGCACCCUCGCCCGGCUGCAGAACGCCUCCCAGGGAGCCAAUCACUACAAGCCGCCCGCCGCGGCCCCGCCCCCUGGGCCCCCCGCCCCCCCCGCCGCAGUCCCUAACGUCCCGCCCCCUCCCCCGCCCCCGCCCCCUGCCUCCGUCCCCGCCCCCGGGUCUGCCAUGGCCGUGCUGAAGCUGGGGCCCGUAAGCCCCAUCAGCCCCGCCCUGCCCGGGUUCACGCCCCCCCCCGCCCCCCCACACCAGCACCAGCAGCCGCUGCCGUCGCCGCCACCGCCCCCGCCCACCGUCCACCCGCAGAGCAACGGCAUGCUGCCUCCCCCGCCCCCCGCAGUGACCAAAUACGCUCCCCCCGCCCUGAACAAAUACCCUCCCCCCUUCAGCAGUAACGGCCUCCAGCAGGUGCUGGCCCAGAAGUUCCCCAACCUGCCCCACGACUUCUCCCCUCCCUACGGCCAGGCCGAGUCUCCGCCUCCACCUCCCCCGCCCCCUCCGCCUCCCCCGGUCCCUGCUCCUCCCCCACCCCCGCCCCAACAAGUGCCUACCCCCCAUCCCCCUCCGCCCGCCCCCGUUAAGCUGUUCUACGGGGGGUUCCCUCCCCAGACUGCCCCCAAACCCUGUGGGCCGGGCCUCCCAACCUAGCCCCGCACCCUCCUCCUCCUCCUCCCCCCCCCUCCCCCUCCCCCGCCUUCUCAUCCCGCCCCGUUGAGGAAGCAGCAGAGCUUGUCGGCAGGAAGCACCCAAAACCAGCCCCCGCCCACCCUGCCCAAGCAGCACAGCUUCCCGUCUAAAGGCCUGCCCCUGACCCAUCCCAUCUCCCCCACGCCCUCUCUGGUCAAGCAGAUGGCCAGUCAGUUCCCCGGGUCGUCUCCCACGACCCCUAACGCCCCCCUGUCCCCCCCCGUGGUGAAAACCAAGCCCAAGUGGCAGCCCGUGGGGCAGGUACAGCAGCAGUCCCCCGAAUUCCCCCCGCCUCCGCCGGAGAGCACCCUCAACUUCCCUCCCCCUCCCCCUCCCUUGCCCCCUGCCCCGACCCCCCCGCCGCCCCCUCUCCCGCCGACCAAGACGUCGCCCUUGAAGAAGUCGCCCUCGUCCUCGUCCGCUGGGGGAAAGAGGCCCCCCCCGACGCCCCAGCGCCACUCCAGCAUCAAGUCCAACUCCUCGGCGGACUACCAGGAGUCCAAGUCGGUGGGGAGCCUGGUCAGCAAGUUCGGCCAGCCCCCCGCGCCCAGCUCGGGAUCGGGGUCCUCCCCCGCCUCUUCCUCGGGGUCCCCCUCCAAGGAUUCCAUGGGCCCCCCGGCCCCGCCCAAGCCCGGGAAGCUCAACCUGUCCAACCUCCCGCUGGCCCUGCAGGCCAAAGUGGGCCAGCACCGGCAGUCCAGCGCCGAUUUCCCCUCCCCCCCGUCCGAGUGCGACUACUUCCCCCCUCCCCCGCCCGACUCGGAGCUCCUCCCCCCUCCCCCACUGCCCCCCGACCCCCAUGGCGGCGCCCCGAAAGUCGCCGUGGUCAACCCCCAGCCCCCGGCCCAUUCCUCCGCCCCCUCCACCUGGAGCAAGGGCUCGCUGAAGAAGACCACGCCCCUUCCCACGCUGCACCGCCGCAACACCGCCACCCCCGAGCCGCCGCCCCCGCCCCUCUCCCCGCCCCCCUUCGGCGGCCCGCAGCUGGCCCCCCCCACCUCCCCCAAGGGCAACCUGGCCGUCCAGCCCAACUUCCUGGAGGACCUGAACCGGACCCUGAAGAGGAAGUCCAUCACCAGGCACAGCUCGCUCACUUCCUCCCGCAUCUCGGCCAAGCUGGAGCCCGUGGCCACCAUGGACGACAUGGCGCUGCCGCCCCCCCCGCCGGAGCUGCUGCUGGAGACGCAGAAUCAGGGGGGGUACAUGUCCGGGAACAUCUCAGGCUAUGCAACGCUGCGGCGGGGGCCACCCCCGGCACCCCCCAAACGGGACCAAAGCACCAAACUGACUGGGGAGUGGUAGUUGAGGACCAGGGGUGGGUUGGGGGGGCGGUGAGAAAGGGGACCUUUUUGUGCGAUGGCUGAGUAUGCAGGCCCAUGGGAUUCCUUCUCUUCUUCGUGAACUUUCUGGUUUCUCAGCUGCAGUCCGCGAGCAGGAGUUCGCCAGAAUCCUGCUCCUCUGAUUCCGGCAUCAUCACUACUUUACUCCGUAAACAAAACUCACCACCUGCUUCUCCGUGUGUUUGCGCCGCUUAUGGUAUUAAUUGUAGGUGAUUAUACAAAAACGUGACGCUAAGAAUGACUUUUGUUGCAAUAUAUUGGUACUGCAUGGACAACUCUAUGGACAUGAUGUAACAUGAGACCCUGCUUGGGGAGGGGAGGGGUGGGGGUUGGGGGGGGGAGUGAUGUGUCAUCAUCGAAUUGAAAGAUAUAAUUGGACUUCGGUGGUGAAUAGUUCUAUCUUUGUUUUUUUUUAUAUAUAUAAAAUUAUUUAAUACAUGCAAAAGAUUUUCUUAUUUUAGAGUUAAGUUUUUAAAAGCCUUGGAGAGUCGAGCUGUGUCUCGACGGCGAGCCUGCGUGCAGAAACAGAGGUGUGAGAGGAACGGUAUGUGAGGGAGUGGUUUUGGGAAGGGGAGCCAGGUUUUGGGAACGGGACAGUGGUUUGGGAAGGGGAGCCUGGUUUGGGAAGGAGAGCCUGGUUUGGGAUGGGAAGACUGGUUUGAGAAUGGGAACAGCGGUUUGGGAAGGAGAGCCUGGUUUGGGAUGGGAAGACUGGUUUGAGAAUGGGAACAGCGGUUUGGGAAGGAGAGCCUGGUUUGGGAUGGGAAGACUGGUUUGGGAAUGGGGACAGCGGUUUGGGAAGGGGAGCCUGGGUUGGGAAGGAGAGCCUGGUUUGGGAAGGGGAGCGCUGAGAGGCGCUCAGCGACGCAGGAUCCUGGACCUGCGCGCUGCGGCUCUCCCGUUGUGACCGAUUCUGGCGGCUCCCCCAAAAGACACCCCCGGAGCGGCGGGCGCGGUGGGCAGCGGCCUUCGGACAACCGCACAGCUGUCUGACUUCCUCGUUUUAUGAAGGACUGUACAGAUGUGUUAGACGUUUACUCAACGCAAGGAGGAGACUUUGCGUAUUGUACCAAACCCCCCCCUGAGAACCUUAAAAAGAACGCGAUUGCUUUACGACUGGAAUGCGAGAGACAACGUGAUUCAGAUGACCUUUUGUGUUUUGAGACUUCUGGGUUUUUUUUUUUUUUUUUUUUUUUUUGGUUUUAAAAAAAAACUUUUUUAAAGGUUUGGAGCUUAAAAAAAAAAAACGAAAAAAAAAAACAAAAACGAAUGAAACGCCCUUAACUGUCCACCUUUGCAAACUGCUGGGUUGUGUGUAAUGUGGGCUUGACCUGCUCUGUCUGUUUAUGCUGGUCACCUUUGCUAUGCUAUCUUUCUGUACUUACCGCUGCUCCUGUCUUUAAUGGAAUCCUUUGGUCCCAACCUCUUUAAGUACUGGGGAGGGAAAGGAAAGGUGAAGCCGAUUGGUCGCCUACGAGAAGAGAGUCGGUUUGAGGUGGGUCGUAUCUACUAAACACCAAGGAAAUGGCUGCCACAGCGAGCAACCCACAUUUCUUGGGCUUGAUGUCUGCUGGGAGUCAGAGAGGAUCAUGGGACCUGGAGUUCUUCAGUCUCACAGUCAAUCACGACUUCUCUCUACCUUCAAGGGUGCUAGGACUGGUCUGCUGUGGCAGUAUCAGCACAGAGCUAAUGGCCGGAUAAGGAAUGCAGCAGGCCCGGUUAACGGUAUCGUUUGCACGUGCACCUGCGCGUGUCUGUACUCUGACCUUCCUCUCCGGUCGCUGCCUCUGUGUCCAUCCAAAGGAGAUUACUUUCUGACUACGAAAAAAGAAUGGGCAACAACGAGAAGUCGGCCAAAAGCCGAGAAAUGUAACUUGCAAAUCAUAUAAAUGUGUAUACAUAUUUCCUUGCCUCCUGACCUGUUGCCAUAGUGUCGAUAGUUGUUUAUUCCCGUACAUUGUUAUUCUGUUUUAAGGUUUUCAAUUAUCUGCAAGUGAAUUAUGUAAGCAUUAAAUUAUUGAAAUAUUGUAUCUGAUCACAAAGGCCAAAGGAGCUCUUUAAAGUCAGGAACAUCUCUGAAAUAUAUAAAUACAUUGGAAAAUAAAAAUAAAAUGUCUCUUGCAUUUAAACUGA